AUGUCACGAUCUCAUAACUUGUACAAAUUAGCAUUAUUUCCACUGAGGAUGUCGCUACCCCAUUGUCAGUGUCAUUCCUUGUAUCUCCACCAACCCAGUCGCAUAAACCCCACUUCAAAGAGAUUCAUGUCCUCAUACUUUAAUGGUGUCAGAAACUACUUUGGAUUCAACAUUUCAGAAGAAAGUGAAGAUAGAGACCAGGUUGAUGAGGAGAUACCGUACGUCCAGUACCCACUCAUCACUAAAGAACAGAUGAAGAAACUAGUACAAGAUAAGUUCAAAUUCGAUUUCGGCUACGCGUCUUUUGGAUUCCAUUCGGACUCAAUUGUACCAUCUAUAAAUUCACUUAGUGAUUUGACUGAUCCAACACAAUUGAACUCGCUUCUCCCGAGAAGAAGACCAGAGGGGUCUCCAAGUGAUACUUUGAGCAUCAAAGCAGGCGAUGAUACCAUGCUUGUUUCUCCUUCAGUGCUUGCUAUUGCUGAUGGAGUCAGUGGAUGGGAAAGUUCGGGAGAAUUGGCAAACUCAGGUAUCUGGUCACGUUCAAUAGUGGAAACUUUUAGCCGAUUAAUGACAGAAUACAAAAUUAGUCACACUCCACAUCAUUUGAAGCGACGUGACAUUCAAGAGAUUUUGGAUGAUUCGUUUUUGCAUACUUCCCAUUUGAUGGAUUUACAAAAAUUGAGCGGUUCAUCAACUUUAGUUUUGGGAAUGUUGAGCGGUGACAUGUUGUUGAUGAUUAGUAUAGGAGACUCAAAGUUGUUCAUCAUUAGAGACGGAAAGAUUCUUCUCACAAACAAGGAAGAGACAGGCGAUGGUUUCUGUCCGACACAAAUUGGAACCAAUACAAUGUCAAAACUACCUUCUGACUUUGCAUGGAUUGAUCUGGUCAAGUUGAGAGAGGGAGACUACAUUGUCAUGUGUUCGGAUGGAAUUACUGACAAUUUAUACGAAAGUGAAAUUAUAAACUACUUGGACGAGUUUGUCAACGCCAAAAAGAAUAAUGUGAAGACCAUAGCCAACAAAUUGUUGAUCAAGGCAAAGGAAGUUGCAUUUGACGACUAUGCCUACACUCCAUACAAUGAGAAGGUUAAUCAAACAUUAAACAAAGAUUCGUCCAAGAAACCGCAUAGUGUUGGAGGAAAAGUUGACGAUAUGUCGAUAGUUGUUGCCAAAGUUGUAAAGAAUAGUAAACAAAAGUGA